GAUGAAUGGAUCUGUAAGCGGGCCAGGAAUUAUACAAGCCGUUAAACAAUGUCGUUAUCGUCAAUUGAAAUUAUUGUUGGAUUUUGGUCAAAAACUUGAGAAUAAGACAGAUUCAUCGCUGAUUGCCGCUCUUCAUAUAGACGAUAAUCGUAAAAGAGCGAAAAUGUUCUCAUUUCUACUGAGAAGAGGGGCUGAUUGUUGUUUUAUUGAUAAUAGAACUGGGAGGAGCGUUCUAAUUUGGACGUCUUUUCUUAAAAAGACACAACAAUUAAAGCAAUUAGUCGAAAGAGCUGAACCAGACUUAAAUUUUUUACUGAAAGAUAAAAAUGGUAAGACGGCAUUACAUUACGCCGCUAUUCGUGACAAUCCGGAAGCCUGUUCGAUCUUAUGUGAAUCGAUGACAUCGUUCGGAUUAUCGUUGGAUACCGCUGAUAGUGACGGAGUUUCUCCUUAUUUACAUGCAAAAAGACUCAAAUUAAAUGGUGUUAUGAACGUUCUUGAGCGAUUCGGUGCUUGCCCAACUCAAUUUGACGUUCAGAAAAUGUUCUCAUCAGAGCGUCUUCCCGAAAUUAGAACCACUUCGAAUACUUCAAACGGUUGCAGAAAUGAUAGUUUAUUAAGAAUGUUAGGAAAAUUAUCGGAGCAGAAGACAACUUCUUAUCGGGCGGCAGCGCGUCUCGCCGAAGAAGAAGACGAAGAGAGUGAAAGUGACGUUUCGAAGAAAGUAACAUCGAAAUCGGCAUUUAUGCUUGUAUUUUCAAUGGCAAAAAUGAAAGGAAAGAUGAAUAAAGCAAGACAAAAGUCAAAGGCCAGGAAGAGGACCGAUAGAAUGCCAUCACCAUUAGAAGAUUCUUCUAGAAAUCAAUAA